CUGGAGAUGCAACGCACACGAUAUAAUGCCAAGGCGCGGUCCGCGCACAAGAAGAAGGCAAAACACCGCACGGACAAGCAGGAGACUGUCCAGGACCGCCCGGACCCCAAUGCCACAAUCGUAGUUCCUAAGACCGAGGAGGAGAAGGAGCAGGAGCGGAAGCUGAAGAUGCGAGAAGAGAUGCUCGCGGAGCUCGACUCGAAGGCGAAUAGUAAGAAAAAGAAGAGACUAGACAAAUACAUCGAGAAAAAGCUGAAGCAAGAAGAGCGGGUUGACCUCUUUGAAAAGCUAUCGAAGAGUCAGGCUCAGGCCUCGGCUGCACUCCACUUGCAGUCAUCCGCGACUCUUGGCACGGGGAAGCCUUCCACUCAUCUACGCCGGCUGGAGAAGGAGGAGGACCUUGACGUCAGACGCGCUUUGGACGGUCGCGCGGGCAAGGGGAAACGGCGUCGCAACGAUGCUCCACCGUCUGAAGCCGGCGACCGUGAAGAGAGCGACGAAGAUGCAUACAUGGAUAUUGACCGCUCUACAAGGUAUACGCGCGAACACGAUAACGUCCAGGAGGGCAUGUCGCGCUCAAGACCAGUGGUGAUUGUGGACUCUGGGUUCUCCACGGCAGUGCAGUCCUCCGGAUUCGAAGACCCAUUACCUUCAACAUCCGUCAUUGGAAGUGCGCUUCGCCACAAUUCCGAUGGUACUACAGCAGCCCCGAAGAUUUCGAAGAGGAAGCCAAAACAUUCCAAGGCGGCAUUUACGUCGUGGAAAGACACGGGCUCCAACAAACGGAAUCGGAAACCGGCGGAGGACUCGGACGCAUCUUUCGACAGCUCGGAUUCGGCCUACGAUAGCGUCGAAGAGGCCGACGAACAGUCUGGCGCAGACGACGCUUCAGACAACCCUGAAAACUCUGACGCGGAGGAGGCAGAAGAGCCAUUGGAAGAACCACCGCAAGCACCUUCAGCGGAAGAGUCCGGAGGCACAAAACGAAAACGGCUUGGGUUCAAGGAUUGGGCCAUGAAGCAACUCAGCGUAGCCAAGGGAUACAUCGCCCCACCUCCAGAUGAUUCUGCGACAACAGAUCCUACACUUGCGCAUGUGGAGACCGCCCCACCGCCGAAGAAGCGGAAAACGGAGCACUCAGACGGGCCAAGAGAGAUGCGAGGUCCGCUGGGAGAGGAUUUGCAGCUACCACACACUUCGCUCGCACAGCAUAUGCAAGAGUCUGCCAAGAAGACCGCCGACGGUUCUCAGUCUAGGAAGCGCAAGGUUGUAUCCGUGUCGCGCCCAUCUGAGGUGGAGGAAGCUAGGCUUCUCCUCCCAAUCGUCGCGGAAGAACAGCCUAUCAUGGAGGCCAUACUCUUGAAUAGUGUUGUUAUCAUCUGCGGUGAGACGGGUAGCGGUAAGACAACACAGGUACCCCAGUUCCUCUUCGAAGCUGGAUUUGGUUCUGCCGGUAGUGACAACCCUGGCAUGAUCGGUGUCACACAGCCGCGGCGUGUUGCCGCAAUGUCCAUGGCGUCUCGCGUUGCGCAUGAACUGUCCUUAGCCUCCACUCGUGUCUCGUACCAGAUACGGUACGACGCGACCGUUUCGCCGUCGACCUCGAUCAAGUUCAUGACCGACGGUGUGCUCUUGCGAGAGCUGGCCACCGACUUCUUGCUGAAGAAGUACUCGGUCAUCAUUAUCGACGAGGCGCACGAGCGGAGCAUGAAUACCGAUAUCCUCAUCGGCGUUCUGAGCCGAGUCGUCAAGUUGCGGGAGGAGAUGUGGAAGGAAGGGAAGGACGACAUGAAGCCUUUGCGCUUGAUUAUCAUGUCUGCUACCUUACGCGUCGCCGACUUUGCGGAGAACACGGCGCUGUUUCCCUCGCCACCACCGAUCAUCAACGUCCCUGCUCGCCAGCAUCCAGUGACCGUCCACUUCAGCCGGCGGACGUCGUCCGACUACGUUACAGAGGCGGUCAAGAAAGCCAGCAAGAUCCAUGCGCGACUGCCCCCUGGCGGUAUACUCAUUUUCCUCACGGGCCAAAAUGAGAUCACCGGGGUGUGCAAGAAGCUCGAGACAAUGUACGGAAAGAAGGCCAUAGAGGAACACCGGAAGUCGAAGAUAUCCCUGCAAACACGUCUCAGCAACCUGGCAAAGAAGCUCGGCGAGGACAAGCCACCAGCGCAUGCCGUUGCACCCGCACAUGCCGACGUGGAAGCGGAGGACAUCGAAUUGGGCGACGCGCGACGAGACGACGAGGCUCUGGCGUUCGACGUAGAUGGUGACAUCGACGCGGAGGCUCUUGACUCGGACGACGAGGAAGCGGAGAACGAGGAGCUGGGCAUCAAAGCGGAAGACACUGAUGUUCCCAUGCAUAUCGUUCCACUGUAUGCGUUGCUCUCCAGCGAGAAGCAAAUGGAGGUCUUCAAAGAGCCACCUCCCGGCACUCGGCUAGUGGUUGUGGCGACAAACGUCGCAGAAACGUCACUCACCAUUCCUGGUAUCCGCUAUGUGGUAGACUGCGGUCGCGCAAAGGAGCGGCGAUAUGAUGUCGCCAACGGUAUCCAAGCUUUCCAAGUAAGCUGGGUAUCCAAAGCCUCCGCCGCCCAACGCGCAGGCCGUGCCGGCCGCACAGGCCCGGGGCACUGCUACCGCCUCUACUCCUCCGCGCUCUUCGAGAACUACUUCGACCCGUUCUCGCAGCCCGAGAUCCUGCGCAUGCCCAUCGAGGGCGUCGUGCUCCAGAUGAAGAGCAUGCACAUCGACUCCGUCGCGAACUUCCCCUUCCCCACGCCCCCAGACCGCACGAGCCUCCGCAAGGCGGAGAAGGUGCUCACGCACCUCGGCGCGCUCGCCCCCGCCCCGGGUGGGGCCCCGCUCGGCGGGCCCGUCACGGAGAUCGGGCGCACGAUGGCGCUCUUCCCGCUCUCGCCGCGCUUCUCGCGCAUGCUCGUGAGCGGGAGGCAGCACGGGUGCCUGCCGUACGUGAUCGCGAUCGUCGCCGCGCUCUCGGUGGGCGACCCGUUCCUGCGCGAGGAGGCGCUGGAGGGCGAGGAGGACGAGGAGAACGAGGAGCUGGCGCACCUGACGGGCGAGGCGGCGCGCGCGAAGGAGAUGCGGAGGGUCCGUCGGAAGGCGUUCUUCCAGUCGCAGCAGCUGCACUCGGCGCUCGGAAACUCGUCGAGCGACGUCCUGCGCAUACUCUCCGUCGUAGGCGCGUACGAGUACGCCGGGGGCGGCCACAAGUUCUGCGAGGAGCACUUCGUCCGUCCAAAGGCGAUGGAAGAGAUCCACAAGCUGCGCGCACAGAUCAGCAGCAUCGUGCAGACGAACUUCCCCGACGUCCAGACCGGCUUCGAGGCGAACCUCCGCCCACCCAACGCGCUCCAGCUCAAAGUCCUCCGGCAGCUCAUCGCCGCGGGCUUCAUUGACCAGAUCGCCGUGCGCAAAGACAUCGCCGCGAAGGGCGCCGCCUCAGCGGGCACGGGGGCACAGUACACGACCGCGCGUGGGGUCGCCUACGCGGCGCUGGGCAUCGACGAGGACGUGUUCCUGCACCCGUCGUCCGUGCUCGCGGGCGGGGCGCCGCCCGAGUACGUCGUGUUCCUCGAGGUCGUGCGCACGUCGCGCGUGUUCGUCAAGGGCCUCACGGUCGCGAACGGGGCGUGGCUCGCCGCGCUCGGCAGGGCGCUCUGCACGUACUCGAAGCCGGUGAAGAACAAGGACGGCGUGGCGAUGGUCAUCCCGCACUUUGGGCCCCAGGGGUGGGAGCUGCCGCCGAUCAGGGAAGACCAGAAGUGAGGCACCGGGCGGUGCCAGCCCGACGCAGCGGCUGUGGCCAGCGACGAUCCUACGAACCACCUGCGCGCAUACCGUUCUGGCCUAGCUCGUUACCACAUUGGAGGAGAAGCGGUCAGGGCUGCAUUCGUCCGUCCACGCUGGCUUGCAUCUGUCUACAUAUGUAUGCCACACGUAUAUGUUGUUGUGUACACGGAUUGUUUGAUUUCAUUCUACACGAUACAUGCUAUCGUACCACCCCCGAAGAUUGUCUUCCCCAUUCCGUGUUCCAGAUGCUAGAUGACGGUGCGACGAUGCCCGGCUGCUCUGGUGCGUCUAUGAGCGAAUCCGACAAGACCAUUGCACGGUCGUACGCAUCGACGACGCUUAGGCCGAGUAUGAGGAUGCCGAGACGUUGCCGCCACGACCGGUCCAGUUGACGU